GGCCUGGUAUUUAAAUAGGUUUUUGGUGUGCGUAAAAGCGCACGCUCCGUGUCCCUCUGGUGUGCGGGUUUGAUCCGUGGGGUUUUAUUUUAGUGUGAAAGCGCCUCCUCUGUCGCUUCCUGGAUGAGGCUGGUGUUUGCCUCCAGCUCGACGGUGUGUGUCGGAGCAGCCGUCGCCUUGUCGAGUCAUCGUUAGAACGGAGUACAGCGUCCACGGAGCCGCUGUCUGAUGGUCUGAAAACGGGGAAUAACUGUGGAUAACGGAGGAUUUAACGCAUCGAAGACGGAGCGACGGUGGCAGGAGCGCAGCGGAUGUAAUGCGCUUUUGGAAAUAGCCUUUUUUAAAGUCAGGCCGUUGCUUUUCCCCCCCCCCCUUUUGGUUGCGGCUGCAGACCCGGACACAGACAACACAGUGACAGACAGAAAGAAGUACCGGAGCAGCCGCGACACCAGCGAGCGAACUUGGCUUCUGUGGCCGGUGGGAGGUGUCUGUCUGUCGGCUGGACGAACCGCACAUCGCGGCGCCGCUCGGACGCAUUCGUGCACAAGCUUGAAACCAAGUUAGAUUUGUGUAAAUAGGUUCUUUUUUUUGGGCUUUUCGGCAACCAACUGUGGCUUCAAUGUGACGCACCACACUGAUAUUAGUGCUGAGAGUCGGAGCGGACCUCCUCUGCAGAGAAGGCAAAGGCUUUAAAUCAACUUUACAACCAUCAGAUUUCUACUGGUCCACCAAAGUCCACGCAGAUGUGAUAGAAACAAGGACUGCAGAAGACCAAGCUGGGCCGGGCUAGGCCAGGCUAGGCCUACCUAGCCCUCUGUCCGGCCUCACCAGGCAGUACAGCAGCCUCUCCAGGCAUUUCUGCCUUCAACGAGCAGAGAGGCAUUUGGCCUGUACCUAGAAAGACUUCACCCAACCUUCGAGUCAGUCAAAGACUGGAUUCCGAUCAUAUUUCAUCUAAUCGGGCUUUGGGGGGCCACACUGGUCUGUUAGAUCUUCAGUCUUUCCAUGUCUUGGUCGUCGCUCUCUGGAUGUUGGCAGCAGGAUGGAUUCGGUUGUUGAUUUGACGGUUGACACUGUACUGCAGUGCGUGCACUUCCCCACCUGUGACUGUAAUUCAUCCUCUCCAUCCCCGAUCUUUAAGCCCCUUCCUCUGUCUCGGGGCUUCCCUGUGCCCUCUACAGAAGGGCCUUGUAGAAACUGUAGACUGUCUUGUUGAAACUGUUGACAUUGGAAAGAGGAAGUUAAGUUUGCAAACAAACUACAGAGCACAAGGAGGAUUUCUAAAUUUGGUUGAUUAAUAUAUUUUUUGUUACCCAUUCCUUUUUCUACUACUGCAGAAUUACUUUUUUUUAAAUUUAUACAUACAUUUUUUGAGGUUUAACCCUUGUGAAGGAAUGUCUGAAAACAGUAGCAACAGCAAAGCAGUGAAAUUCAUUGCCCCAACCCCCCCUCCUCCCUCUGCCUCCCCCUGUCCUUCGCCCCAGAUCCUCCAGAAGAAUGUGAACGGCUCUGCUAGUUCAGACUCGCAAGUUGUGGAGAAGCUUGGUGGACACCCGGAGGUCCAGCGUCGGCGCCACACAAUGGAUAGAGACUCUAAAACAGCUGAACACCGAUUCUUCCGCCGUAGUGUCAUUUGUGACUCCAAUGCCACUGCUUUGGACCUGCCCAGCAAGGGGGCUGUGAUACUCACCUCACCUCCAGACUGUGGAGGGCCUCCCACCUUCUUCCCUCCACAGUCCUCUGCACCUGGACCUGGGCUUCGAGAUGCUGAUGGCAGGGAGGCCCCAAGAGGCUCUUACUUGCAGAGCUCAGCCCUUGAGCCCGGUCUAGGUGGAGCUGUGGCAGAGGAGCCAGUACAAACUGCUGAGGAGGAUUUAGGUGUGGGUGCACAAACAGUUGCUGUUCCCCCCAAAAGCAGUGUUGAAAGUAAUACAGAUAAUGCAGUAAAAGAGCCCAGCCCGACAGUAUUGGAUGUUACAAACAAAUCAGUAGGCAAAGAGCCUGAAAUUACAUUGCGUCCCGGAGGGUCAGAGAACACACAACUGGUAGCAAAAGAUGGGAAAGCUGAGCAUGUGGACGUGGGUAGCAUCAGCAGUCCGACUGAGGAGAAAGAAAAGGAGCCAGAAGAGGAGAAGGGCCUAGCGAAAGCACGGGCAGAGCAGAGAGAGGCCGAGAAACGAGUGCAAGAGGAUAUAGAGGAGGUGGAGACAAAAGCUGUGGGGACUUCACCUGAUGGACGCUUCCUGAAAUUUGAUAUUGAGAUUGGAAGAGGGUCCUUUAAGACUGUGUACAAGGGCCUAGAUACAGAGACUACUGUGGAAGUGGCUUGGUGUGAACUACAGGAUCGUAAGCUGUCCAAGUCAGAGCGGCAGCGCUUCAAAGAGGAGGCCGGGAUGCUGAAGGGUCUCCAGCAUCCUAACAUUGUCCGCUUCUAUGACUCCUGGGAGGGACCCUGUAAAGGAAAGAAAUGUAUUGUUCUGGUCACAGAACUCAUGACAUCUGGCACACUCAAAACGUACCUGAAGCGUUUCAAGGUGAUGAAAAUCAAGGUUCUCCGUUCGUGGUGCAGACAAAUCCUCAAAGGCCUCCACUUCCUACACACCAGAGCUCCACCCAUCAUUCACAGAGACCUGAAAUGUGACAAUAUAUUUAUCACGGGGCCCACAGGUUCAGUGAAGAUCGGAGAUUUGGGUUUAGCAACGCUUAAGAGGGCGUCCUUUGCCAAGAGUGUCAUCGGGACCCCAGAGUUCAUGGCCCCGGAGAUGUAUGAGGAGAAAUAUGAUGAAUCUGUAGACGUCUACGCCUUUGGGAUGUGUAUGCUGGAGAUGGCUACGUCUGAGUACCCCUACUCUGAAUGCCAAAAUGCUGCGCAGAUCUACAAACGGGUUACAAGUGGAGUCAAGCCCGGCAGUUUUGACAAGGUGGCCAUUCCUGAGGUGAAAGAAAUUAUAGAGGGCUGCAUCAGGACGAACAAGGACGAGAGGUACGCUAUAAAGAUCCUGUUGAACCAUGCAUUUUUCCAGGAGGACACGGGGGUCAGGGUUGAACUGGCAGAAGAAGAUGAUGGGGAAAUGAUAGCAAUCAAACUCUGGCUAAGGAUAGAAGAUGCCAAGAAGCUGAAAGGCAAAUACAGAGACAACGAAGCCAUCGAGUUCUCCUUUGACCUGAAUAAGGACGUUUCUGAAGAUGUUGCCCAGGAAAUGGUGGAGUCUGGCUAUGUGGCUGAAGGUGACCAUAAGACGAUGGCCAAAGCUAUCAAGGACCGUGUGUCUCUGAUUCUGAGGAAGCGGGAGCAAAGGCAGCUCGUACGAGAAGAACAAGAGAAGAGGAAACUAGAGGCAGAACAACAGCUUCAGCACCAGGAAGCUCAUAAAGCAUCACACACACAGGCAGAGACAGAGGACACUGAAGUGGAGCAACAGCAACAGCAGCAGCAGCAGCAGCUUCAUUAUCAGCAGUCGGGCAUCUCUCACACAUCUGAAGGAGGUGUGGACAGCGGCCAGGGUUCGUCGGUUUUCUCCUCAGACUCCCCCCACCUGGGUCAGCUGACAAUGUCAUACAGCUGUCCCCCCUCCUCCCAGCCCCACUACCCCACCACCCCCUCCGUGACCCCACAGCCACACCCCGGCUAUGCUCAGCCACCGCAGCCAAUGCCUGCGUUGCGCCGUCGUCGAUGUCGUAGCAUGUCUGUUUGUGUACCUCCUUCCUCCUACUCCUUUUCCCAUGCUCCUCAUCCUCUGGCCGUACCUCUAAAGAAGCCCUCCACCCCUCCUCCAGGCCUGUCCUCCUCCUCAUCCUCCCACAGCACCUCCUCCCCCUGCAUGCCUCUCGCAGCUGAGAGGGACACAUUCGCUGGGCGCCUCUCCAAAGCCCUGGAGACGGUCCUACCCCUUCACUCUGCUCCGUCUGUGCCCAGGGCCAGGCAGCGGAGGGCCAGCCUACCUGCCCUGUCCUCCACCCCCCAGCAUUCAAUGCCACACCCCUACAGUGGAGGAACAAGCACAGGAGGAGCAGGAGGGAACAUCCCCCUCUCAGCUCUCCCCGACCCACCGACUAUUUUUUUCCCCUCCAUCCCUGAGCGCCCAAUUUCCUUCUCACCUCCUCCGACUGGCCCUCCGAAGGCCUACAACACCCAACGACGCAAGAGCACGUCCAUUCUGGAGGCACAUACCCGACACUUCCAGCCCGCCUACACCCGCUAUGGCAGCAGCCUGCACCCAUUCUCUGGCAUGGAGGGGGUUGAGACCCCCUCUCUCUUCAUGGUAAACCCUGGGUUUGCAGCCGCUGCUCAAAGACUUGGUGUCGGAGAGCCGUUACAUCUCCCUGGACAAUCUGAUCCAAGUUUGUACGGUUUUAAAGACUUGAGAGCAGAGCAUGAGGAAGCAGUGAGGAGGUUAAGUUUAAAUCAAGCUGCCUUAUUGGACCAUUAUGAAGCAAUGGCAUAUGGAGGAUACCCAAUGACUGCACACCAACUCGGACACUUGAGUUUUCAUCAGCAAAGGCAAGCAGCAGCAGCUGCAGCUAGUUUGGGCUUCGAUCCUGGGCCACCACCUCAGCCGGGGUUCUUACACCCACACCUCAUCCAAAGAAUAAGUGCACACAGUCCCAUUCCUCCACCCAUACCUUCUAUGGGUGUGUCCGCUGGUGGCUCCGUAUCUGCAUCAUCUGACGGAGGCUAUCCACCACAGCAUGCAUCCUCCUCCUCUUUCCCUAUAUCUGCACCUCCAGUAAUGGCAGACCCUCCACCACCUACUGGAAGUGUGUUUGAGUUCCAUUUAGCUGCAGCGGCUGCAGCUGCGGCGGCUGCUGCUGGUGACCCCAGUCUCUUGGCAUCCAGACUCUAUCGAGCCAGGAGGAGCUCCAUGGAUCUCCCUCUAGAAGACAACCCGAGUACGGGGUCAGGGGGUUCGGGCUCAUACAGCCGUCUGCAGCCAGUGACAGAAGAACUGUACUCCUAUGUCAGUCCUGAGCUCCCAUUACCUCCAGGAAGUCUUCUCCUUCACCAUGCAAAUGUAACAGUAAAAGACAGAAGCCCAGAACCCUCCAGUGACUCACUGGCCUCCUCUGAUGCAGGGGAGUUUCAGUCGCCUCCUCCACCUCCACUUGUCCCUCCAUUUGACUUCUCAGCGGCUCAGUCCAUCCCUCAGUCGUCCUCUGCUGCUCUCUAUGAUUCAUCAGGGGGAGUGCUCUCCAUCGAUCUGCAGGGACAUCCGCCCUCCAUGCAGGGCUUCCUCCCUCCCACUCCAUCCUCUGAACUCCCACACGGAGGAACGUCAUCCACUCAGCUGGAGUCUCUGAUGCAGAGUGCCUGGGCCCGGCAUGGAGGGGUGGUGCCCGCCCAGCCUGAUAUGACAUACCAUGAGUCAUUGCUGGCCAUGCAGGCCAAUAACCCCUCUCUGAAGCAGGUUCAAACUCCGGGACCCCAGCCCACGUCCGGACCCCCGCUGGUCUCUGCUACUGCCCAGGCAAUUCCACCCGGGACGUCCCAGCAGGUCAUUUCUUCCAGUCAGUCGAGCAGCACAUCAAUCCAGAGCCCCACACACACAUCUCUGCCCCAGGCACCUACACAGCCCAGUGUAGCGCCUUCUACUUCUUCCGUUUCCUUGGUGACCCUCUCUUCUCCGUCAUCAUCCCUUCCUGUUACCAUGCCGACAGUGGUUGUGGCAUCCCCUCCCUCUCCUCUGCCACUUGCUGUCGGGGCAGGGCCCACUAUUGUUUCCCCUCCUCCUCCUCUUCCUCCUCCUCCUCCUCGUGUGCCCUCACCUGUGCCUCAGCCUUUGGCCACCGUGGUGCCAAUCAUCAGUGUAGUCACCGCCCCGACCGAUACGCCCAUGGAAGCCCCUCCCCAGCCUCCAGACUCAUCCCAAUCUCAACUACAACCUCCUCAACUCCAGUCAUCCAUUGAAAGUGGCCACUCUGAGGCUUCAGGUCUGAGUGACGGCAACGACGGAGGAGGUGGUCGCCAUGAAGGCCGAUCCACAAAGCGACACCAGAGGCGGUCUGUGAGAAGCCGAUCGCGCCAUGAAAAGAUCUCCAAGGCGAAGCUUAAUGUUCUGAGUAUCUCUAAUCGGGGAGACAGGGUUGCAGAGUGUCAGCUGGAGACUCACAACAGGAAGAUGGUGACCUUUAGAUUUGACCUGGAUGGCGAUAACCCUGAGGAGAUAGCACAGAUCAUGGUCCAAAGUGAGUUUAUCCUGGAGAGUGAGAGGGAGUCGUUCAUCGAGCAGGUCAGAGAGGUGAUAGAGAACGCUGAUGAGAAGGGUCUGGAGAGAGACACAAACAGCCAGAUGGCGGGCGGCAUGGAGCAGCAGAUUCCUGCCAUAUCUGUCCCCAUGCCAGACACCCCCUCAAGUGCUACUGCACAAGUGGUCCAUUCAGCAGGUCGUAAGUUCAUUGUCAGCCCCGUCCCUGAAGCCAGACUGAAGGACCAGCUGUUUCCGUCUCCUUCAUCUCCUGCUUCAGCAACACCUGCUGAAACAGUUCCUCCAGUUGCAGCUGCAGCUCCCUCACAGACUCCAGUCCAAGGUUUGGGGUUGUCCCAGUCUGCUGGAGCCAUCAGCUUACAACAGGCCUUCUCUGAACUCAAACAGAACCAGUUUGAUGCCGGGCCCAACACCGCCCCAGCCACCAUUCACUCCACCCACCCUCCUCUGCUGCCUGCGGGGGCCUCCAUGUCUGCACAGACCUCCACAGUCAGUGGACCCACUCCCACUGCUGAUCCUGCUGCUGGACUGGUCCCUUCUCAUUUGAACCAGACACAGGAGCACACUUUAGAUACCUGUCUUCCUCCUGCCUCCUCCUCCACCUCUGGGCCUCCUAUCUGUCUCAGUCCUCCUUGUUCGUCCUCCCCUCCUCCUGCGGUGGUGAAUCAGUCCAUCCUUCAGUCACAAGCUGUGUCCCAGCCCCAGGCGCAAGCACAAAUUCUGCCGCCGGCAUUCACCCAGCCUCAGACCCAAGCUCCAGUCGUCAGUGGAACCUCAGCGCUACCACCCAGCAUCUCCAGCACCACCCCCACGCAGAUAACCUCACCCCCCUCUGCCCAAAACGUUCCCUUUGUGUCCUCCCCUCCCUCUUCUGCUGCCUUCCCACUGAAUGAAGUUGCCUCCAAUCAUCGCUCCGUCUCCCCCUCCCCCUCCUCCUCCAUUCCCUCCCUCUCCUCAUCUGUCAUCCCCACCACUGCCAUCCCUGGCCCCCAGCUCGCUCCCUCUAGCUCCUCCCAUCCCACUCCUCCCUCCUCCUCCUUAUCUGUUGGGCUUCAACCUGUGACCACCAGUGUACCCUCAGUGCAGCCCACUUUGGUCCAUUCUCAGCCACAGACAGCAGCGCUGCCUGGACAAACACACACACAAUGUGGUGAUUGUGACACAAGGUGUGAGGUGUCCACUGAGACCCAGGGCAAACCAGACGACAUCCAGGCUCUGGAGAAGAAGCUGCGCUCUCUCUUCAUGGACCUUGGUGGGGGGGUCUCCUCCACUCAGGGAGACCCCAUAGCUGCUGACUCUGCCUUUGGGCCUUCCCCGGCAGGUACCUCCUCCCCAAUGGGCCCAUUGUCCACUUCCACCACAUCUGUCACCACACCAGGCCCAGGCCAGGUGGUCAACCCCCCUCAGCCCCCCUCCAGCCUGGCACUGGGGUCACUUGGGUCACCUACCCCGAUCCAGGGCCCCGGGACACCUAUCUCCACACCUGCACAGACUGUAAUCCCUGCCUCGUCUUUUGGCCAGACCACUCCAUCCAAAACCCCAGUAUCCAGGGUGCCGGCCAGCUCUCCUCCUUCAGAACUCCUGCCAUCCUUCCCUGGACUAAUUCAGUCCCAGCAGCCUCUGGAGGACCUCGAUGCCCAGCUACGGAGAGCACUGAGCCCAGAGACUGUACCUAUCAGCACACAUACUCAAGCCCCUCACAGCAGUAUACCUUUCACCAACCAGCCAAUUCCCUUCAGUCUGGAGGAAGAAACUGUGUCCACUCCUGCUCCAGCUCCCCCUCCAGGAGGAAUUAAACUGGGAAGAUUUCAGGUCUCAUUGGCUACUGAGGAGCCCCCUGCCCAACCCCCGGCCUGCACUGAAUCUUCCUCCACCACUUCCUCCUCCACCUCCUCCUCUUCCUCCUCCUCUAGCCUUUCUAGCCCAGAGAACACACUGCACAAGGCCGCAACGUCCCCCCUGAGAAGUGAAGGAGGAGGAGGACAAGGUGGAGACGUUGUGGACGGUCUCCCCCAGAAGACCUAUCUAUCCCCUAUAAAUUCCCCCUGCCCCUCCCCUAAACCCACCACAACCAUUGGACGCUUCCAGGUCACUACCAACCCUGAGGCCCGUGUUGGUAGAUUCUCUGUAAGUCGCGCCCAGGAGCAGAGCCUCGAACCCAAGCAGAGUCCUCCACCGGCUGCCCAGGCUUCCAACGGACCCAGUGAUCCCGGUCAGGCGUUGACUCCGGACUCUGCUCACAAAGCCUCCCUGCCCAGUCUAAACAACAAUAAUUCCUUCAACAACUCCUACAUCAGCAGCGACAAUGACUCGGAAUUUGAGGAUGAAGACUUCAAGCGGGAAGUCAAUCGCCUCCGAGAAAAGCACAUGCUUGAGAUUCAGGCCCUCCAUUCCCGUCAGAAGGAUGAAAUCGACAGUCUUUUCACCAGGCUGGGAAAGGUUCCUCCGGCUGCAGUGCUCCCUCCGGUUAUAGCCUUGACUGGCAGGAGGAGACGACCUACCAAAAGCAAGUCCUCAAAAUCUUCCAGAACCAGCUCCACGCAUGGCAGCAAAAGUCCAUUACAGCCAGGCAGCACUUUAUCCGCCCAGAGCGUCCCGACCAUGUACCCUGGCCAGCUGGCUCUGUUAGCCCCAGGAGGAUUAGCAGAUUCAGGCAGCAGCACUCUGCUCCAGCCCCUCAAACCCUCUCCCUCCAGUGAUAUCCUGUGUUCAGCCUACACUAGCGAGGCGGCGCUCUCUGUGCCCAGCCUGUGUGCUCCCACCCCAGGCUGUGUAAAGUUCAGCUGGGGGUCGGAGCGUUUGGCCUUCAAGCCUGGCGGCAGGAGGACACGCUUUCUGAGGAAGAUGGUGAAAAAAGUCUGCCCCUGCAACCAGCUCUGUAGGACCAAUAGUACCAACGCAGUGAGCGGUUCAGGUGGUUUGGGUCAGAGCCAGGGAGGUUCUCAGUGUCUGGCCCCAAACAUAACGGCCCCCCACCAGAGGAAAGGCACCUUCACAGAUGACCUCCAUAAACUGGUGGACAACUGGGCCAGAGACGCCAUGAACCUCUCACAGGGUAAGAGGAGUGCCAAACAGCUGCAGCAGGCUCCAGCACAGGGACACAGCUAUGAGGUUAUUCAGUCCGCCAGUCUGGGCAGGAAGUACUCGGCUCCCAGCCAGUUGUGUCCCAGCAGUAUGGGAGGCUCCGCCCACCUCCCCACAAACCCCACCACUGCUACCUCUCUGGCCGCCCGCAAGGGCUCGCUGUGCCACUCCCCUGCCUCCCAGACUCCCCCCCAGCCCCAGCCUCCCCAGUUUAUUCACUACACUCCCACAGCCGCAUACAGCGCACAGUGGUCUGGUCCAGCUCACAGCAUGUCAACCCCGCACCAGGCCCCAGCACAGCCCGGGCCCCUACUGGUCAGCACAUCCCAGCCCCUGGGCCCCUACCCAUCUGCUACUAGUGGGCAAGGCCAGAUUCCUGCACAAGGGCCCCUCCAGGCUUUCCAUUUCACCAACGCUUUGCAGAAGUCAGUCAGCAACCCGGGAGGACCCAACCUGAGGACCACGUAGGGUUGGGGAUGAGGGCUGGUUUGAUCCAUAUCCGAGUGGAGUGGAGUGGAGUAGAGUAGAGUGAGAGCUGGAUUUUCCAAGACAAAAGGAAAUAAAAAGGCCUCUGUUACCAUCUGUGUGUGUGAGAAGAUGACAUAGACACACAAUCCCCUUUCUGCUGUGCAUGACUGUGGGUUUCUGAAAGCCAGCCAAACACUCAAGGAUAAAGGAAAAGACUUGUGUGCAAUGUUAAGAGGCCAAAGAGGAGUGGGGUUGGUGUUAAUAACAUCAGUGUGUAAGGUGUAGUGUAUAGGCUUUAAUGGUUCUAUUUCAUGCUCUGAAGUGAAUAUAAAGGCGGAUCGCACAAUCAUCCAUGCUACAUGGUGGAGGAGAGAUAGAACAUAAAACAGAGGGGGAGGGAAGCGGUGGUCAGUUUUAGCCUUUGUGUCCAUCUGCACUUUUAUCACAAGCAUACAUAAAUGCACCUUGUUUGUUGAAUUGGUGUAAAAGUAUGUGGGCACUCAAUAAAGAGGUAGCAGGUGGACACAAAGCGGAGCAGGCUGACCAUCAUAUGAAAGGUAGAACACUUACACUUCAGUGUCAACAUCAAAUGAUGCACAUCACACAAGUGUGCAUGAGGCUAUAUCACUCUUAAACUGAGCAGCAGUAAUGUUUUUGACUACCAGUUAUCAGUUUGCAUUUUCACACUUAAUGCUUACAGGAAAUGGGAGCAAAUUAAAAUAAUGAUAAAUCGGUUUAUCUUUAUGGUCACUUAUUUUUACAGUAUUCGUGAAGUCAUUUUCUUUCUAAAAUCAGUUCAAAGCACAAAAAUGUCAAGAACAAAUACAACGCUCAUUUGGAGCUAAACUGACCUUGAGUUUGGUUUAGAGGUGGUGUAGCCCAGCGCUUGGUGUGGUUUUGAUAUGUUAGCUUCUCCUGGAUGCAGGAAAAACAGUAGAUAAAGUGAUAAGAGAGGUGAUAGUGGGAGCAGCAACUGAGUAUGUCAAAUAACACCUCACCUGUUUCCUCAUGUGCUUAUCUUCAACCUGCCGUGUGCAGCCUUGAUGGCGUACUAAAUGGAAAUAGAGAGGCCUCUGCACACCAAACGCCUCUUCAACAUCACAACUCCACCUCUUCCCCCAUCCCUCUCUCCACCUCUCUGUUGCCAUUUGAAGCAAUAACAGCAGAAACCUUUUAGAGAAACAUGAGAGCUAAAGAACUCUGUAUGAAAAAGUGGCCUUGUUAUCAGAAUAAUAUCAGAGUCCGUGUACAGUUUGUAUCUGUUAAUUUUAUGAUGAUUCCAUUUUCUGUUCUGUUAGUUUUUUGUUAUGUUGGAUUUCUUUUGCUUGCUGCCAGCUAGCAGUCUCACACUCACAAACACACACAUUCUCAGAGGCGUAGCAGCCAUUCAACAGACAGAUUUAUAGACUAAUGCCUCUUUUUAGUGUCAUCAUUAGGCUGGUUUCAACAUUUGGGUUGAAAUGAUUAUAAUGUACAUUAUUAUCAUUGUUAUUUUGUUGUUAAUGAUUAUUAUUCUGUUUAAAAAGAAACAAAACAAAAACGUGUUCUGUCAAUGGACCUGUUAUACUUGCACAUCGGUGUACGAUGUGGAAACACUGUGAUUAUUGUUGUUUAUUAUUAGCAAAUGUUGUUGGACAACAUUAGUUUUAGAGUGAAAUAUCACGAAUUAAAAAAACAAAAACAUACAGAGAACCGUUUGGGGUCCUUUCACUUUCAAUUCACUGCCUUCAGUAAAUGGAUUAUUAUCGUAAUGUGAAAAUUGAAACCUCCUUUUGUCCAUACAUGUCCUUACAUCCAAACACUAAGGACAUAUUCCAAAGCAAAUGCCUUACCAACAAUGAAUCAACUGCAGUUCAGUCUUUAUAACUGACUGAAUUGAAAGUUGAAACUGACCUCCAAGCUGGGUUUAUAAAGACAAACCGGAGUGAACGGCAGGAUAGUCGAUAUUUAGAUAAUAAAGUAAUGCUAGCUAUUUUUUUCUUAAUACAGUACUUAUAUAUCAGACACUUUAAAUAGCCCUCCUCUUCCCUUUCUCCCCUGGUUUUGUUAGAUGAAUGUGAAUGUAUAAACCAAUGGUGUCCAUUUUAAUGUACUUGAAGAAACGUCUAUUAUUUCCGCUCUCUUUGCAUCCCCUGAAACCCCGCCCCCCCUCCCCCUAGAGCCUCUAGUGAACACUGGAGGGACUUACUAGUGCCUUGCAUCCUUCCUGUUGCUUCUUCUGUCUGGGUUCAAGGACUUGGGUUAAAGUUAUCACACCUGACACCAGUGUAGUGUUGGAUAGUCACUUUGGAGUUGGUUCGACCUGGUUGCUUGUGGAGCAGGCAUGCAGUAGAUUGGUGCGUAAUGAUGGCUGUUGUUUAGCUGCAGUGUGUGUAGUUUGUGGUUAAUUCACUUUAAUUUAAAAGAUUCAAGUGUGUGUUUAUGCCAAAAUUUGACAUGCCAAAACAUUUUUCCCAUACUGGAUUAAAAAAAAAGAUAAUCACUAACUGCAUAGCUUUACCCUUUAAAGUGAUGAAAAGAUGAAGUGACCCUAACUCUGCUGCCAUCGAAACCAAUGAGACAAGUGAGGACAAUGGACGAGGCCACCUUUUAAAGUCAGUGUUUUCUUUUUUCUGUGAAGUGAGACCUGAUGAGAUCUGGCUGUGUGGCCUAGUUAACACCACCUACAGGUAAAAGGAUUGAGAGAACAUGAGAGGAAUUUAUCAGUGCCGUUUUUUGGUUUUUCAGGGUUUUAAACAUAGAGACGGGGAGAACCAGGGUGAAUAUGUUUUUUUCAGUUUUAUGGAGGGAGUUGUUGAAGAUUGUAAUUGAAGCUUGGACCACUCUGUACUUUAGAGGCACUGGCCCAGGUGCAGCAUACAGUCAGCAGAGGACGCAUUGACAUAAAGCUUUUUCUCAUGACCGUUCAGCUUUAUGUUUCAGCACUGAAACUGACGCUGAGUGCACAAUAAACAACCCAAAAUGCAAUGAUGUCCUACUUGCACUGUCAUUUGAGGUUAAGUUAGUGAGAAAGCGAUGCUGUGGUCUAAAUGUCCAGCUGGUUGUAAAACAGUGAACGCCUCAUGCUAAUACCAGAUUAAUACAUAUUUAUGCACAAAUUUCUACUUGAUUUUUGCCAAUUGUUUUGUUCAAUAAAGGUACAUUUACCCUCCAUGAAUUAGGAGUGAAAUAACCGCAAUUUAGACAUUAACCUGACAGAGAAAGAACACCAUCCCUGUGCGUUGUCAUCAGUCAGGGUGUUUUAACAGACAUGAACUUUAAGUACAGACCGAGACUGGCCUUGACCACAGUUAAAGAUGUCAGCUAUCUUACCUUUAAAAACAAAAAUCAUCAUUUAUCAGGCCAGCAGCACCGUCUUUUACCCAUCUGAUCGGUAAUGCCUCCUCAUCUGAGAAUUGCUGCUAAUGGGCAAAAUGUUUUCUCCUUCACUUUUCCACAUUAAGGUUAUUAUAAAAGUGGUCGAGGGGAUUGUGAGGCGUGAAUGGCUUUGUUAACGGUUGUGAUGGUUGUUGAUUGUAAUGCCGGUGAUGAAUGAUGGUGGUUGUAGAUUCAAGGCCUUUGACAAACCCUGUCCUGUUUCUGUUUUCAUCUAACAAAUGAAACAUAUCUGGUACAAACUUUAACAUUCUCUCUCUUUUCUUAGCUGGGAGUGGGUGUUCCAUUUAAAAACCUGUUACUUUGUAAAAUUUGUAUAAAAAAAAAAUUUGCUUUUGCCUGUUUUGUGAUAUUUCUCAUUUCUCAUGAAUAAUAAUGCAAUGUUUUUACUACUAGGUAAGUUUGGUUGAAGCUGUGAAUAAUCGUUGAGCCACUUUGCUUUAGUUCUGUCUUUACAUUUAUCCUGAUUUGAGAAGUCAGAGUUUUAAUGAUGCCACCAACCCAGUGCCAUUUGACUUCCUGAGUAGAAAAGUGGAAACAUCAGGUGAAGAAUAAGGAGCAUAUUGACCUGCUUUUACUCACUGGAGCUGUUUUGGUUUCCACAUAACAUCCUGGAUUUGUCACUUCGUAGCUGCUCGAGCCUUAAAUGAUUUCCACAGCAGAUUGAUGUUUUUUUGUGUGUCUCUGUUGCAUAAUUACUUCUACAAAUGGAACAUUUACUGUGCAGCCACAAAAGAAAUCUUAUGGAAAGUUACACUAUCAAACUCUGAUUUAGAGUCAAACAUCCUUCUAGUUUAUUGUGAAGUUUUUUAUGUUAAAGUGGAGUGCUCUUACUGUGAAACUCAUCCAGUGUGGGCUCUCUUAUUGUGAAGUUUUCCUGAUGUUUAAGUGGAAACAUAAGAUUCUUUCUCUGGUGAAGCAAUAGUAGUUUUAAUUCAGUCAUAUUAGAAUUAGAUUCAGAUUUUGUCUGUGUUUUCACAGUUGUUGCCUGUUCAGGAAUCACUUACCCUUUAUGCUUGUACUGUAUAAAGUGUCCACAUGUUUAAAAAAAAAAAAAAAAAAAAGAAAAAAAAUGCAUUUCAGUUCAGCAACAACAACACACAGAGACGAAUAGAUUCAUUCAGUGCAUCUUCUUGCUGUUUCAUGUAGCCUGCUCCUGUGGAAUGACAUCGAGUCUCGAGCACAGCAAUAUGUUAAUUCUGUUUUGUUUUUUUUUUUGUUUUUUUUAUUUCUCACUUAUUUUACCUGCAGUUCAGUGUCUCUAGAAGCACCUAACUUAAUUCAGUGGUUUCAUUUUCUGUAUUGUGUUUGAAAUUGUACAAAAGUGGUCGGGUUAAAACAAUACAUAUGGUUGAAUGAAAGAAAAAAAACACAAAAUGUAGAUGUAGGGAGUCAUCGGCAGCCUUUAAUGGUAUGUUUUGCACUAAGUAUAGAGUGUUCAAGCUUCAUAAU